AUGGCUGACAAACAAAAAGUUGACCUCGGCUUAUUAGAAGAGGACGAUGAAUUUGAGGAAUUCCCAGCGGAAAAUUGGGGUACUGAGGAAGCAGACGACGAAGACGUGUCGGUAUGGGAGGAUAACUGGGAAGAUGAUAUUGUUCAGGAUGAUUUUAAUCAACAGUUGAGACAACAGUUGGAGAAGCUAAGGGAGCAAAACAAAGGAUAG